GACAACCUAGCUACUCAUACCACCUCUCCCUACCAGCCCGCUGUGUUGCAGCCGUCCUCAGUGCCCAGUCCGCAGGCGACGGCUGCUGCAGCUCAGGCCAAUCUGCUGAGGCAGCAGGAGGAGCUGGAGAGGAAAGCUGCGGAGCUGGACCGCAGAGAGCAGGAGCUGCAGAGCCGGGGCCCCACAGGUAAACAGAACAACUGGCCUCCACUUCCUAAGAGCUUCCCCAUCAAGGCAUGUUUCUAUCAGGACUUCUCAGAGGAAAUCCCCCCCGAGUACCAGAGAGUCUGCAAGAUGAUUUACUACCUCUGGAUGUUCAACUGCGUGACACUGUUCCUCAACCUGCUGGCGUGUUUGGCGUAUUUCACCACGAAGGCCUCGUACGGAGUGGACUUCGGACUCUCCAUCCUCUGGCUCAUCCUCUUCGCUCCCUGCUCCUUCCUCUGCUGGUACCGGCCCGUCUACAAGGCCUUCAAGGCUGACAGCUCCUUCAACUUCUUCUUCUUCUUCUUUGUGUUUUUCUGCCAAGUGAUAGUCUUCAUCAUCCAGACUGUAGGCAUCCCCCAAUGGGGCAACAGUGGUUGGAUCACUGCCUUCGGUAUCAUCGGCACCAACAAGGCGGUGGGAGCCAUCAUGAUCAUCGUGGCGAUCCUCUUCACCAUAUGCGCCGUGCUCUCCAUCAUCCUGCUCAAGAUGGUCCACAGCAUGUACCGCCGCACCGGGGCCAGCUUCACGAAGGCGCAGCAUGAGUUCUCGCAGGGCGUCCUCACCAACAAGACCUUCCAGACGGCGGCUGCCGGAGCGGCCAGCACCGCGGCACAGGGAGCCUUCCAGGGGAACAGAGGCUGAGCUGAGCUGCAUGCCCCAGGUCAAGGUCUCUAUGUUAUCAAGUCCAGAUCAUUCACUAGAUCAAAGCAGAAUGUAUCAGGAAGCUGAGGUUCACUGAGAACUUCCUGGAAGUUAUUGGAGGCGGCAGAUUUUAAUCUCACUUUAUAACGUACAGACCUUGAGCUAGGUGAGGCUACAUGAUUAGCCUCCCUCCUUUCACUCCCACUAUCGAUGCACAUGUAACUCCCCAUGUCUCACAUCCAGCAUGUCUCCUGCAGAGUGACUGCGUUGUCUCUGUAUGUAAAAAGCAGUCGAGGUGGGAAGCAACACACCAAGUGCAUUCUGGGGUGAAAGCAUGAAUGAAGUUGACUUGAUAGCUAUUUAGUAUGUCCUGGCUUUGUAUAUUUUGUGUGCACUUUUUUGGCAAUGCUCUUCAGUGUGUGUGUGUGUGUGUGUGUGUGUGUGUGUGUGUGUGUGUGUGUGUGUGUGUGUGUGUGUGUGUGUGUGUGUGUGUGUGUGUGUGUGUGUGUGUGUGUGUGUGUGUGUGUGUGUGUGUGUGUGUGUGUGUGUGUGUGUGUGUGUGUGUGUGUGUGUGUGUGUGUGUGUGUGUGUGUGUGUGUGUGUGUGUGUGUGUGUGUGUGUGUGUGUGUGUGUGUGCAUGCUGAUCACAUGUCUUCUUGUGGGCGCAGUAGCUUCUGUCUCUCCACACUAGUGGACCCUGAUCCUGUAAUAUAAAUAAUGAAGUGCGUUUUUCUGUCUUAAAGGAAUUCUCUUUGCUGUUGAAACUAUUUUUGGCGAACCAUCUCUUAAGUGUGCGGCAAAGUUAAUAAGGAACAACAAUUACAGAUCAAUCAUGCACUUAAUUGUAAUCUGGCGCGCCUUAGAUUUGGGGGAAAUGACUGUAAAUAUUCAUUCAAAUCUACGGUUUAUUAAACAAUCCCCAUCAAUUGAGAUUAUAGUACAAUGUCUUAAAACAUGUCCCUUUUACUUUUCUCUGGAACCAAACUCGGAACAUUUGUUGAAAUGUUGGUAUUUGGUUUCACAUAAAAACUAUUUAUACACAAACGUCACAUCCAUAGAGUACUCUGCUUUUUCCCCUGCUUGUAAACAGCUAAUUUAAUUUCUUUUAUAAUUAAGAAUAUGGAGAAAAUAUAAAUUGAUUUCACUCUGCAUCAGAUUUCUGUUUCCUAUAAUAUACAUGUUUAUGAAGCGGCUUCAAAUUCUUCUUUGCUUCAAGACCGUUUGUCCAAAGAAACCAAAGCAUUACUGACUUUUUAAAAAAGGAAAAUGUUGCUGAUGAAAUGGAGUCAAAGUAGAUACUGUAAUGGGCUGAGCCUAUUCAUUUGCUUUCAAUGCUAAGAGGCAGAGCUGCUGUUACCAUGUAGAUUAACAGUAUGGAAAUCAGUCGGUGUGGAAAAUAUGAAUUAUAAGAAAACAUCUCAAACACUGUAUUGAGGUUCGUAGUGAAUCUGAUUGUCCUUUUAUUCUCGAACCGUAGAUAAACGUACCCUUCUGAGAACCGGCCUAUAAUCAUCACCAGUAUGCAGGUGUUAUAAUUGUAAUACAUUCUUUGCUUCAAUCUCACCUUGCAGUAAUUUCCUCUCUCGUUGUCUACUUGUACCUCUCAAAGACGACCACCAAGCUUUAAAUUAUUUUUCGUACUGAUGUAUAUUUUCUAUUGAAUUCCUUAUAUUAAAAAACAUGCACACGUGUUAUUUUCAUAUACUGUUCUAAAACAUCAGCUUGGAUUGAUCACCUGUUAGCAUUCCUGAAGAAAGACUGCAAACCGUGUGAUGUUUUGUCUGAUUUAUUGUUUGGUCUUUCAUCCAUUACAUACCACAAGAUCUGUAUUAAUUCACACAUCACUGUUUGCGUUGUUGUGAGAGAAAAUAAUUCAGUGCCUUUCGUAUUUCAAUAUUGGAUUCAUCAUCUAAUAAAAUGCUUUGCUUUCA